CCAAGGCUUAGCUGCUGCCUGCCUCACUCCAGCAUCCUCCUGGCGAACAGAGACUCACACUCUAAGACAUGGAGCGUAUUUAGAGGAUGCCAACUCUCUUCCUGGACACCUGUGUGAUUGACACCAAAGCUGAAAACUCAAAGCAGCGAGUCCUCCUUGGGGACUUUAUUCUUCCUGCCCAGCUGGAAAGGGAUGCCUGGAGAUGUCAGAGAAAGAGUUCUGGGGUGAAAGGCCUCCCUCUCUUGAGUCAAAUGCAGUCAACGAGAGCUUCGCCAGGACUAGACAGACGCGGAGUGUGGACGUCACCUCAAUGCCUAUUGAUUGCGAACUGUCCAGCUGGUCCUCCUGGACCACGUGUGAUCCUUGUCAGAAGAAAAGGUACAGACAUGCCUACUUGCUCCAGCCCUCUCAGUUCCAUGGGGAACCGUGCACCUUCUCUGACAAGGAAGUUGAAGACUGUGUUUCCAACAGGCCAUGCAGAAGUCAAGUGCGCUGUGAAGGCUUUGUGUGUGCGCAGACAGGGAGGUGUGUAAACCGCAGACUUCUUUGUAACGGGGACAACGACUGUGGAGACCAGUCAGAUGAGGGGAACUGUAGAAGGAUUUAUAAAAAAUGUCAGCAGGAAAUGGACCAAUACUGGGCCAUUGGCAGCCUGGCCAGUGGGAUAAAUUUGUUCACAAACAACUUGGAGGGCCCAGUUCUCGAUCACAGGUAUUAUGCCGGUGCCUGCUCCCCCCAUUACAUACUCAACACGAGGUUUCGGAAGCCAUACAAUGUGGAAAACUUCAUCCCACAGACCCAAGGCAAAUAUGAAUUUGCACUGACAGAAUAUGAAUCAUACUCAGAUUUCGAACAUAAUGUCACAAGGACAACAAUUAGCAAGUCUAGUUUCAGCUUUGGUUUUAAAAUACCUGGGAUAUUUGAACUUGGCAUUAGCAGUGCAAGUGAUAACGGCAAACGUUUUAUUAGCAGGACCAAACGAUUCUCUCAUACGAAAAGCGCAUUUCUGCAUGCACGCUCUGACCUUGAAGUAGCGCGUUACAAGCUGAAACCCAGGAACCUCAUGCUGCAUUACGAAUUCCUUCAGAGAGUCAAGCGGCUGCCCCUGGAGUACAGCUAUGGGGAGUACAGAGAUCUCUUUCGUGAUUUCGGGACCCACUACAUCACAGAGGCCGUGCUCGGGGGCAUUUAUGAAUACACGCUCAUCAUGAACAAAGAGGCCAUGGAGAGAGCAGAUUAUUCUCUUAAGGAUGUCCAGGCCUGUGCCAAACAUGAUUUUAAACUUGGCGGUGCCAUAAAAGCGGUCUACAUCAAGCUGGGUGUGUCGGUGGGCACGUGCAAAGGCAUUCUCAAUGAGAUAAAAGACAGAAACAAGAGAAACACCAUGGUGGAUGACUUGGUUGUCCUUGUGCGAGGAGGGGCAAGUGAGUACAUCACUGCCCUGGCAUACAGUGAGCUGCCGACAGCAGAACUGAUGCAGGAAUGGGGAGAGGCGGUGCAGUACAACCCGGCCAUCGUCAAAAUUAAGGCAGAGCCUCUGUACGAACUGGUGACAGCCACGGACUUCGCCUAUUCCAGCACAGUGAGGCAGAACAUGAAGCGGGCCCUGGAGGAGUUUCAGAAGGAAGUCAGCUCCUGCCAGUGUGCUCCCUGCCAGGGGAACGGAGUCCCUGUCCUGAAAGGAACACGCUGUGACUGCAUCUGUCCUGCUGGAUUCCAAGGCCCUGCCUGUGAGAUCACCAAUCGGAAAAAUGUCCCCAUUGAUGGGAAGUGGAAUUGCUGGUCAAACUGGUCUCCAUGUUCUGGAGGACAUAAAACAAGACAAAGGCAGUGCAACAAUCCACCUCCUCAAAAUAGGGGCAGCGCCUGCUUGGGCCCGGCUUCUGAAACACUUAACUGUUAA